GAACAUCCGACGAGAUCUCCGACACAUCGAAAACAUCGAGAAUAUAACGACAGAAACUACAGACAUCCAAGAGACGGUGGAACGCCACGGGCGCCGCUACAUGAUCCGUCCUCCUCCUCCCUCAGAGCCAGACUCAGAGUACCCAUCAGAGGCGCGCAGCGUCACCGACGUGGUGGAGGAGCUGUCAGUGGUGCCCAGGAAACCAGAGAUCACCAGCCAUGUCGUGGACGACCGUCACGUCUCCACCAUCACGGAGACACGCACCACGGAGGACAUAGAACGACAUAGACGCUUCAUCAAACAAUACCACGUGAAGCCCAAGGCGCUGCCUCCACCCAAGUGGAACGUUGCCAUCCGUCACUAUCCUGGACCCAAAUAUGCCGACGAGGUCGAGUCAUCCGGACCUGAAUGGGAAGGUUACAGUGAGCCUGGCUCAGACGUCUUCCGCCAGCACAUGUUCCAUGCUGAUGAAGAUGAUCUGACUCAGCUGGAGGUGGAGGCACUGGAACAUCCGCAUCCACCUAACUGGAAUGUUCUCCUGCGUGUGCUGGAGCCUCCACCCACGGAGAAGGCCAUCCAGUACGUUCUGACGAAGGAGGACAGAGAGAAGUGGCGUCAAAUCAUCUCCACCGAGUCUACCUUGCGUACAAUGCUCACUUAUGCUACUGUGAAGGAAGAUUACGAGCGUAUUCGUCACGACCAGAGGUACGAAAAGCUGUUUGAGCCUCGCAAGUGGGACGUGAUCAUCAGGAUCCUCUCCCCACCGUACACCCAUGACCGUGUAGACUCCUCCUCAGAGGCUCCGUCUGAAGCCGACACUGAGAGUCUGCCCUCGAGGGACGGCCGAAGGUACCGUAAACACGAGAGCGUCCCGUCCGGGCGACGACCGUCACUGCCUCCACUGUACGAGUAUGACUCUGAGGGCAACCCUGUCAUCCUCCGUCGCCCUGGACCACCCUCUGCUCGCUCCCGACGGUCCUCGAAGUCGAGCAUACACUCUGGGAUAGACGUGCGAUCCAUGACAGAGACGGAGGUGAACUUCACCCGGGCCGACACCUGGAGUGAGGCUAGUGGACCCAGCAUGGCCAGUGGGGCUCGCUCCAUAGCCGACCGCUCACAGCCCGAAAUCACCUAUAAUGUGCCGGUGCUGCCCGACGAUGAGUACCCGGACACUGACUUCGAUGAUCGCAUGUCGGCGAGGACCGGAAGGUCUCUGGCACGAUCUGCCUCAGAGUUCACAGAAGACUGGAGGCAUCACGAGCCACUGGACAGGUACUCCCACGUAUCUGGUUCAUCCAUUGACAGCAAACGUCGUCAGUUAGAGCGCUCCACCACAGAGUACUUCGAAGAGCCACCACACUUGAGCGACGUUAUGACCUCCCCUGACCACUCUCCAGACGCCUCCCCGCGCCCCAUAGCUAGGUUCCAACGCCAGUACCAUUCCUACGACUUCGACAACGAUCAGUUCGACCCGCACUACCUUGAGGACGAAGACGUGGUGGAUGGAGAGUUCGUGGUACGGACCACGCGCCGCACCCAUCAGCAGGAGCAUCGCUCUGAUCGCUCAACACAUUCCGGCCGCGAGGAGAUGUACUCCGUGGCAGAGACAGAAGUCUCUGGCUGGGCUCGUAAACACUAAGUGUCCGAGUCCGCGGCUUCAUAACUCAGUGCCUCAGUGGAUGGCACUCAAACGCCAAGUCCCAAGAUUUACUUCACUGCCGGGAACACGCACAAUAUAGACAUUGGUACAGAAUCCCAUGGAUACACUGAACACGGGCUUACUAAGCCAUCGGCAGAGCAUAGGCUGACGUGAAAAGCGUAAAUGGGACACCAUCAAGCCGAAGGUGAAGGUCCUGAAUCUAACACUAGUGAUAUGGACACUACUAGUAAACUAACGGCCCAAGGGCACAAGUGUAUCAUGCUAACAUUAUUAACAAUCAAAGCCAACUGUCACUGGAGAAGUUUUGUAACAAUGCAGAUUUAGUGCCAGUGAAUAUUUCUGGUGCUUAUAAAAGUGCGGUGGAGGACGCAGACCCAGCACUGGAUCUGCAAGUACAGUAACUACAGGAACCGUUGCUACAGAGCACUUGGCCUGUACCCUGCGGGUACAGUAGCUACUGAGCACUCUCCCUGCAGGUACUGUAACUACUGAGCAUUCUCCCUGCGGAUACUGUAGCUACUGAACCCUCGACAUGUGGGUGCCAUGCUACGAAGCAGGCUUGCCGCAGCUUGCAAAAACUGCAUACUAAUACAGGUGAGAAACGAAAGCGGUGUUCUUAUCAGCCCCUCGCACUGACACCAUCGAGGCACUGUUAAAACCAUUGACGAGUGUAAACACGUUUGGCACCAUUUUAACCAUCAAGACUAACGCAGCUUUUUUUAAAGCUUGUUACCACUAGAGGAUAAAAUUCGUUUGUUUACCAAAAGCACGAAAUAACAGUGCAUCGACAUGCAGGACAACCACAGUUAUAAUUCCUAGUCACCGUGUGUUGAACUGACCAGUCAUGAGGGGCCGCUAGGACCGUCGCUCCCACACCCACGGCAGAUUGACUGGCUUUGAACAGUCAACGUUUUAAAGGAAGUCUCAGAGAAAGUUGUUCGUUGGAGAAUGUCAGACAAGAAAGCAUAACUUGUGGAGGCUUGAGGAGUGGUGAGGUCUAGGAAGACGAGUAUCAUGUGAUUAAUGAUUUUAUUUUGGAAUAAAGAGAAUAGUUGACCAGAUAAUUUCUGUGAUUAUGAUAACUCGAUGGUAAAAAUAAAAAGCCGAUGAUUGGGUGAGUAUCUUUUACUGGUGAUCUUGUGAAGGGUAACUAGACUGACUAGGGAAUGAUUGCGCCCGUAUCUUUUGGCUGGAUGGUGGGGGUUCGAUGAAAUGUACUGACUGUAUGACAGGAUGGCUGUGACCGAACGAUAAGGAGAAAUGGUUGUAAAUUGGACAGGUUGGGUGGAGGGUUUAUGGUGAAGAAUGGAUGGUUAUUGUGACUUCUUUAAAACGUUCCUGCCUUGAGAUGUGGCAGUGCUCUCGCAUCGCUCGGGAAAAGGGCUUUGGGAAUUCGGACUGGAAAAACGUUACUUGUCAGCCAAUAUAACAAGAGAAACGUUUGUUAUAGAGAUGUAUGAUCAAUUGAAAUUAACCAUGAUUUUCAAUGUACUAACGUCCACUUUGUUUCUUCUAAGCUUUCAAGAUACACUACGAUUUUUUUAACUCAGAUGAGUAUAUCUGAUUCAGGUACAAGCAGAAUAAUAAUUUUUGCCAAAGCUUCGACGUGCUUAUUUUCACACAAGCUUAUAAACUCUGGAUGUUUUCGGGAAUUUGAGAUGAGGGCCAUAUGACUAGCCAUUAAUGGGUCACCGUGGUCACAUUUUCUCCCGACUAAAUUCACUGUAAAAAAAAAAAAUUGCUAUUUAGGGCAGGUAAAAAACUUUUUUGUAUACAAAUAUUUCGUAUUUUUUCACUAACAUCAUACAUAUAUUGUAAUAUAUAUACAUAAUAGGUAAAAAUUACAACAGAUUUUUAAUUGCUUAUUUUGUUAUGAAGACUAUUUUGUAAGGAUUAAUGUGAGUUGUAGAUGAUGACUAGAAGAGUAAAAAUAACCAGUUUUUAUGCGGCAUUCAGAAAAGUAGCCAUUAAGGAGCCAUUAAGGAGAAUGAUCUCAUCUUGAAGAUAAUUCUGUUCAGCGCCUCAGUCUAAUAUAUAGUAUAUAUAAUUCAUUAAGCAAGAAAGAUCAAUAACAACUAUGAAGACAGUUUUAAUUAUUAGAUUUCAUUAAAGCUCCUUGAGGUGCGCCUGUAAGUCAAAGAUUGUCCAUUAAAAAUGUGAAGAGAAAUAUCACAUAGUGACAAGCUUGUAUUGUUGUUUUAUUCUGGAGGAUUUUAAUCAAGCCAAACAAGACUGGUAAAGUUAAUAUAUAGGGCUUAUUAUAUUGUGAAAUGUUUCUCUUAAAGGUGCGACGUGAGAGGAAAGUUCUGUAUAAGUUCCUCUGGAACCGAGACAAGGGCUGAGGCAGUUGGCAAGAAGGUAGAUAGGAACCAAGAUUAAUAUUUGAAGCAUCUUAUAAUACAACUAACCUUUAACAAAUUACUUAAGUUUUACAUAAAGACACUCCUGCCCUAUUAGUUUACAUGGUAACAAAUUUGAGCUCUAACUUGUAUGUGAGAGAGACUGUUUCAUAACUCAAAAUUGCACAGAAUUGCUCCUUAAUUGGCGUUUCGUUUUUGCAGUUGAUUAAAAAAAUACGUAUUUCACAUGUACCUAGAGCUUAUAUUUGUUCGUUAUUACACAUGAAAAAUAUGCACCCAGGGCCGAGUACUGGAGCUUUAUUCGUGAACAUAUUUACUUAUCUUCACUGUACAAUUUAUAAAUUUGCUUCACCAAGAAUUUCAAAAUCUGCCAAAGUGAACUGAAUUCAGUGAAAAUAUUAAAAAAAAAAACACUGCUUAUUAGUCUUACUCUAAACUAAAUCCAAACGUGCAUAUAGAACCUCAUAUAACAUUUUAAAUUAAAUUUUCACUUCAUUUAUAGGAAGAACCAAUAACCUGUCUAAUCAUCAUAAUUAUUUCUUUGAGAAACAAAUCAUCCUGAACGUUGGUUAUCUCGAUCCGUCUUGUUUAAAAACAAGAUUUCUGAAUUGGUAUUUAUGAACUAACUUCUUCAGCCACAAAAAAAAAAUGAUUUGUAUAAUGAAUCGGUCCCUGUUUCAUGAAUAUGUCACAUAAACCAGCUUCAGGAACCUGUCUGUGAAUCAGUACCAUGAACUAAUUUGUGAAAUGGUAUGAUGACUGCACUUCAGGAACCUGCUUCAAUAUAUCAGCUCGGCCCGCAGAUGUACCUGAUCAGUGGAAAAAAAAAAAAUCUCAUCCUUCAACAAGUGAAAAAAAAAAAAGCAUAGUAAACACAUUGUGUAUUAAUGCUUUAAA